UUUACCUUCCGCAGAGAUACCUAUCUAAAAUUAUUAUUGUUAUAAGUACAUAGUUUUAUUAUAUACUUAGGCUUAAUGAAAAGUAACGAAAGCAAUAAAUUAAAUUCGGGUAAUAAUAGUAAACGAAAAGCAAUAAUUGUAUGUCCAAUGAAAAUGUCAAAUGUUCCUAGAAGUAUUAGAAUAUAUCAAUGGCCGUGUCUUUCUAGUGUCAAUAUUAGAUUGUUUCUUCAUACCGGACUAUAAAUUAUAAUGUUUAUAGCUGGUAAUGUGAUAAUGAAUACUUUUCGUCUAAAAAAAUGGGUUAUUCUAGUAAUAUUUGCUGUAUAUCGAAUGUUGGAUGCUGUAGACGCUUUGAAAUGUUAUUGCAAUAGUAAGAGAUGUCCCAAUUCCACCUGUGAGACUGAUGGGUAUUGUUUUGCCUCUGCCAGUUUUGAAAAUGGAGCUCCAAAAUAUCAAUACCACUGUCUCGACCUCAAAUCGUCAGUGCCCAUCGAGCACCCCUUCAGUUGCUCCACGACGAAAACUAAAAAUGAGUCGUUGAUGAUAAGAUGUUGUAAGGUACAUGACAUGUGCAAUCGAGAGAUACUCCAGGAGCUGCAUCCGAAGCCGCCAGAGACGAGCCCGACCGCGACGGCAUGGCAGGUUGUGCCUUGGAUCAUGGGACUUGUUGUAUUCGCCAUAUGCGUCGCUUUAAGUCUGUGGUGGGCGAAGAAAUGGCGAGCCGACGGGAAACGACCGCCACGGCCUUACCCGGAUGAGGACGAGACCAAACACAUACUUAAUACACCCACCACCACUAUCAGAGAUAUGAUUGAACUAACGACGUCUGGCUCUGGAUCUGGAUUACCGCUUCUGGUGCAGCGAAGUAUCGCACGCCAGAUCCAACUGGUGGACAUAAUUGGAAAGGGUCGUUUCGGCGAGGUGUGGCGUGGUCGUUGGAGGGGUGAGAACGUCGCGGUUAAGAUAUUUUCAUCUCGCGAGGAAUGUUCUUGGUUCCGGGAAGCGGAAAUUUACCAGACCGUGAUGUUGCGGCAUGAAAAUAUCCUUGGGUUCAUUGCGGCUGAUAAUAAAGAUAAUGGGACGUGGACUCAGUUAUGGUUGAUAACUGAUUAUCAUGAAAAUGGUUCUCUAUUUGAUUUCCUUACUGCAAAAUCAAUCGACUCGAACACGCUCAUUAAGAUGUCCCUCUCCAUCGCAACUGGACUAGCUCAUUUGCAUAUGGACAUUGUCGGCACAAAAGGAAAGCCGGCUAUAGCUCAUCGGGAUCUCAAAUCGAAAAACAUAUUGGUGAAAAGCAACUUGUCUUGCGUGAUCGGGGAUCUCGGGCUUGCCGUGCGCCACAAUGUCUCGAACGACUCUGUUGAUGUACCGUCGACCAACCGUGUGGGCACCAAGCGGUACAUGGCGCCGGAGGUAUUAGAUGAAACGAUGGACACGCGGCAGUUCGAUCCUUACAAGCGUUCGGACGUCUAUUCAUUCGGCCUAGUGCUGUGGGAGAUGGCUCGUCGCUGCGGUAACAUGCCGGACGAUUACCAGCCUCCUUAUUACGACUGCGUGCCACCGGAUCCGGCGCUCGAAGACAUGAGACGCGUUGUAUGCACCGAGAAGCGAAGACCGAACGUACCUAAUAGGUGGCACUCUGAUCCGGUGCUGUCAGGAAUAUCAAAGGUAAUGAAAGAAUGCUGGUACCAAAAUCCGGCGGCCAGGUUGACUGCGCUCCGAAUCAAGAAAACCCUUGCCAAUGUCGGAACAAACGGCGCGGACUACAUCAAACUUUGAACUAACUGCACCAGUGCUAAUUUUAACUGAACUAUGAUCUUUUUUACACUGUGGUCAAAUUUAGAAGGUAUUAUGCAACUUUGGUAUCUACGUACACAACCGUGUUUCCAUUUCUUUUUUGAAAGGUAACUUAUACUUGAGACCUUAGAACUUAUAUCUCAAGGUGGGUGGCGCAUUUACGUUGUAAAUGUCUAUAGGCUCCAGUUACCACUUAACACCAGGUGGGCUGUGAGCUCGUCCACCCAUUUAAGCAAUAAAUAAAUAAUAUUUUUUUUUUUUAUAUUUGAAAGGUCAUUGUAAGAUAGUAAUAAUAUUCCUAUUUAAAUUUAACUUGAAAUUCAAUUCAAACUUCUUUUCAACUUGUCUUUAAGAGAAACGAAAUAAAUUUGAAUGAUUUUAUUUCCGUGUAUUCGAAUUUUGAACAGAAAUCGUUUAGAGAUUGUUUUAAUACGAAUAAGAGAACUUGAUUUAUUCCGCAAAGUCCAUAGUUCAGUUUGAAGUAUUUUUUUUAUCUAUUUAAAAUAAUCUGAGCUCUGAUCGCCCGAAUGCAAAUGGCACUUUAUAUUUUUUCUAGAUUUAGUUAAUUCAAGACUGAAAUAAUUAAACAUAUAAUUCUUAAUACAUUUAUACUUGCUGCUUUUUUUUUUGUACUGAUCGUUUGUCUGUUUUUAACGUUAAUAGAAUUCUUUGGGAGAUCAGAGCCGUAAGUCUGGUCUAGUGUUUAGACGUUUUGUUAUUGAAACGUUAAGUGUCCUUCUUAUCGUAACGAUGUUGUGUUCUGUUCAACUAAGCUUCGUUGUAGUGGAUACAAGUUAUUAUAGUUUUGGACCUGACAUGUUCCAGUUAUACUCUGUUCAUUAUCGAACAGCGGUAGUAUAGGCAACGAUGCCACUUGGGACAAGCUACCGUACGUGUUUGGUUAUAAAGGGUUGUUGUGUGUAAUUCUAGUUAGUUCUUCUCGGGUCGGUUAUUAUGCUAAGAAUAGCUUUCGUGUUAGUUGAGGUAUAAACUAGUCCAUAUUAUCAGUAGUUGUGAUUUUAACUUAAAAAAAAAAGGAAUUAAUAAAACGUAAAAAGAAAAAUAUAUUAUUAUUAUUAUUUAUACUGUAUACACUUUAUAUUACGUUAUAUUCUUUUAUGUGUAUUUUAUACAUUGAGAAAGCAAGCGAAUAUAAUUUAUUUCGCAGAUACGUAUUUCAAGCCUUAUUACGCGAAGGCUUUAUGUUAGGUUAGUGUUCGAUUUUAAUUUUUAAGUUAAUUUCUCAUUUCAAACAUAUAUAUAUUUUUUUAGUAUGGAAAAGUCAAACUUUAGAAUACGCGUCUUAAGAUAUAAAGAAUCGGUAUUUACGUAGUCAUAACAACAAUCUAUAUACAUAGAAUUGAUUGUCGUUUUAAGCAGCAGAUAUCCGAACUGCUGUAGAUAGUAUAACUUAGCGUGAUAACCGAGUUCUUAGGCCCACACAUAUUUGAAUCGUAAGACGGCAUUUACUUAAGACACGUGGAUUGUUUGUUUGUUUUUUUAUUCUUCUUCUUUUAAAUUUGAGUUGAGUCGCGAGUACGGACCUGAAGCGUGCUGGGAUCGCGUUCGACUUGUGCAUGCCACCUCGCUCUACCUCAGAUUGUAUCAGAUUGGAGCAUUUAUUGGAAGUAAUAUGAAGCGCUCCCGUGCUCGCUUGUAGUGAUAUAUUUUUGUUACCAAGUGCGUAAUUUUAAACUUUUAUUAGCGGGGUUAUAUAAUUCAAUUUUAUUUUCCGUAAAAUAAAAAUAACAGAUUGACAUCGUAUUUUUUUUUUUUUAUAAUUAUAAUAUUUAUUUUUGUACACUACGUUUUCUGUGAUACGAGAAUGAACCGCGGCUUUUAUUGUAGGUUUAAAUAUGUUAGUUCAAUGACGUAAUCACUAAUGUUAUGUUUUACAUGAAACCGAUUUCUUAUGUUUCCUCUUGAACAGUUAGUUUGUUAUAUGAUUAUGAUUUCAUAUCCCGUAGAAUGUUACGCCAGAUUUAUUACUUUGUUGUUCGCUUCUCGUUACAGAAGCGUUUGUACCGCGAUCGAGUUUGACAUGUGACGUAUUGACGUAUUGUCAAUUUUAAAACGUAUUGGAGGCAAACGUUUCCUGAAACUAUUCCCAUUUGUACCUUUCAAAUCGUUAAAGUUUUACAUUAAUUAUUAAUAUUACCGGUUGCCUAAGAAUAUUCUGAGAUUUUUUAACCAUAUUUUAUUAGCAAACUUCUAUUUCUGACAACGUUUUAACAUCUUACAAGGUAGUGUGCUUAAUAUGAGCGUUAGCGAUUCGUAUGAAUCAAACCCUUACUGUGUAGGUGGAAAAACUUAAUCUUAAAUAAAACGGUGCCCACUUUUUGUAAGUUUAUCGAAAAUAGAAUACAGAAAACUUAUGGAAUUAGAAAAAUUGUUUUCUUGUAAAUGAAACCGGGUGGUGUCCUCUUUACACAACUUAUCCUAAACCUUAGGAUUUAUAAGUGGAUAGACUUUUUUGUAAUUUUUAUACGUAUAGUAAUUUUAAUUAUUUAUUUUUGUGUUCGAUUUUUUCUAAAUAACCCUACUUACUCGUAUAUUUAUUUAUAUUUAAUACAAAUCGAUGUUCAUACGUUAUUUAUAUAUAGAAAUAAUUUUAUUUUACGAGACCGAUAGUACUUCGAUGUACAAUAUAAGUAAAGGCUUAGAUUUCAUUAUUAUUUUAUUUUAAUUUGUGUACGUUUAAUGUCAGUCUUAUACAGAGAUAAUAAAUAUUCGUCGAUGGUGAACUUACGAGACUGAUUCUUUGUAAAUUGUAAACCUAAUGUUCGUUUAUAUUUGAAAGCGAUCUUCGACGUGACGCUCGCCCGCCACGCAUCCACAAUUCGAUGUACUUACAAUGCACGUGAUACGCGCAAACUAUAUCAUUAACUUAAACAAGUUAUUAAUUAUAAAAUUGCAUCAGUUUCGUAUAUAAACGAAUGAUAUCGCGAAGAUUUGAUAAGUCGGCGCGAACGGGAAAAACGUAAUGCGGUUUAUUAAAUAAACACGUUUGUUGCGAAGCGUCGAGUUUAUUAUUAUUUAAACGCUUUGCGCUUGCUGUUGCAUCACGGCGUCUUAAUUAAUUCGGUGCUGGUAUAGAGGCGUGGGUGUUGCGUCGUUGAUGAGCUUAGCUGGUUUCCGAGACUCUGAAAUAACCGUAACGCUCGCAGUACGAACAGAUUAAUCGUAACGAAAAACUUAAAACGAAUGAUCUCUUGAAUUUUGAAAUGUACAUAAUAAUUCGUAACGAAGGGUAAAGUUUGUAAUAAAAGUGACACGCGCGGCUCCCUCGAGACGUUUGCCCAAUUACAUCGUAGAUGUAAUUUCCUCAGCGUCGUCCGUUUUGAAUUUAAGGAUUUAGAUUCGUUUUAAGUGAUGCAGACGAGAAACUGUAGUACUGUAGUUAUUCGAACAAAAGAGUUUUUCUAGUUGAGAGUUUACAAACGCGCACACUAUAAAAUUAUAUAUUUUUUUGUUUUAGUAACAUAAAACCAAUGCUAUCGAUUUAAAUACGUGCGUACCUAACUUAAUUAUAAAGAAUAUUAAUCGGUUAAGUGAUAUUGAAUAGCAAUCUUACCUAUGUACCUCAAAUCGUAAAUUAUUCAGAGUAUAUGUUUUAAUGCGUUUUAGAAAGUAUAUAAUAUUAUGAAAAUUAUUUUUGUAUGUUACUUAACAUACGUACGCGGUGCUAGUGUGUUUUGCACAGCCCUUCGCGUUGUAACUUACGGACUGUUGAAAAACUACUGAGAUAAGCAAUAAUGAUACUUCCGAAGAGAUAUUUAAUUUUUUUUAAUUAGGUUUAUUAGUAGGGCCGUAUAACUUAUAAGCAAUCAGAAGUAACUGAAAAUGUAGUAGGUAUAAUAUAUUUAUCAACAUAAUUAUAUAUUUCUAUUAUUAUAGGCGUUUUUUGAAGCCUGAUAUAUUUUUGUCAUUUUACGUAAGAAUUAUAUUAAUUAAUAAAUGUAUGUUGGAUUAGGAGACCUGAUUUGAUUUAAAAAUUAUGUAUUGCAACUAAAACUAGCUGUAGUAUUCACGAUUAUUAUGUUAUUAUUGGGAUAACAAGAUGGCCGGAUAAGUAGGAAUCCAACGUAUAUGGUAGAGCACUAUAAUUAUACGAUUAGAAAUUUGUCAAUUUAUACAUACACUUUAUUCGACUAGAUUUGUGCAUUAAUAGUUUGCAGAAAAAGAAAAAAAAUCCUGGGUGAAAUUAUUCUCCAAAAGCCUGUUUCAAAUUGUUUUCAUUUCAAUUUAUUCAAAUUUUGAUGUUAGAUAUUUAGCGUAAGUGUUUUUUCCAGUAAAUUAAAUCGACAUUUUACUAGCGAACAUUAUGUAAUAAUGGAAAUGUAAAUUGAGAAUCGAACAUAACUUAAUAUAACUCGAACCUGAACCUGAUCGCAACAUAAAGAAAUAACCACUUAAAAAAAUACAGUUCGCUAGGCUGAAGAUGCAAAUUGUGUCCGUAGAUAAAAUAUGAUGUCUAUGCUCUUGUAGUUGCUAAUAUUAUUCUAGACUAAGUGGUUAUGUUCAGAUUGAUGUCAUAUUAACAGAUCUAAAAUCUUGGUACUACUUACUUAUUUGUUUGUAAAAAUAUUUGAUGAGCAAUACCAAAAUAGUACAAUUAAUUAUGUUGAAAAUGCAAUAUGGAUAUGUAUUUAGAGCGGCAGCGGCAUUUAACGUGCAAGAGUGAAUUCUGUUUUAUUCCAAAUAAUAUGUUUUAUUUACUAUCUGUAAAUACCACUUAUAUAAUUAUUCCCAUUGUGUAAUUUUAUAAAUUGGUUAUGGAGUGAACUAAUUAAAUAAAUAAAGUAAAACAGCAUUUCGAAGUGUUUUUAUUUGUUGUUGAAGCCGAUACCUUAUCUACAUCAUUUUGUGUUAUGUAAAAAACUAUCAAUAACUGGCUAUUUUUUUAGGUAGAAACAAGAUAACUGCGUUCGCAGUGUGAUUGCAUAAUUUUAUCAAUCAAAUUGAACUAUUGAAGCAUUAAUUAGUGGCCAUUUAUAUUGUUUUUGCAAUUGUAAUACAGUGAUUUCAUUAAAUAAAAAUAAAAAUAGCUUGUAAAAUCUAGCUUAAUUUUAUUAU